UAUCCCGAGCCAACUCAAUCGGAGGAUCAUCCCCAGCCACCGCAUUAUCAUCCCCGUCUAACCCGUCCCCAUCGCUGGCCCCGUCACCUUUUCCACACUUUUCUUGUCCUGUGCUCCGAUUCUUCUCUUGACGCUUCGACGCUGGAACUGCUCACCACCCUCGGCAAAUAGGGCUAUGCUGCUAUCAGCAAGGAUAGCGGUAAAGAAUGGAUUCGAUAUCAUCAUCGUCGUCAACCUCACCACCCUCUCCGAAACAACCAACAACAACUCUACCAUCCCCAACGCCAACAAUGACAAUUCCACCGUCCAUGCCCUCAACCGCCGCUACCAAACCGUCUCCCUCCCCGCAACCGCCUACGGCCGCCUAGACACCUCACCAGCCCCAGGCACAGUAGCGGGUAUUAUCCUCGGUACCGUCGCCGGCUUCCUCCUUCUCCUAUACCUGCUAUACGCAACAUUCAUCCCCAAGAAACCAAUCGACGAUGCUGCCACAGUCGAAGUUGAGGAAGUAAGACGUCCGCGGCCACGUCCGCGUCGCGGGUGGAACGGCUGGGGUCGUGGCGGCCGCAGCGGCGGUGGUAGUCGCUACGGCGGUAGCGAGGAAGGAGGCGGGGACUUUGUCGACGUGUUCGAGGAAGAGAGCGUUGAGAGUCCGCGCAGAGAACCUGUUAGGGAUACUGGGAGGGAGAGAGACAGGGGUGCGGGAAGGAGUUGGUGGGGAUGGGGUAGGGGUCGGCAGGCGGAUGAUCGGUCGACGGAUGAUGGGGGGACGGUUGAGGUUAUGGAGGAAGGGGAUGGGUAUUAUGCGCCUCCGCCUCCGCCUAUGCCGCCUCCUGCGCCAAUGCAGAGGGAGAGGAGGAAGAAGAGGAAGUCGAGGAGGGCGAGGAGGACGGAUGAUCCGUAUGAACGGGGGAGUGAGGAUUGGGGCUUCUACGCGGUAGGCUUGUUUGCUGGGUUGCUGGUAAUGAUUGCUUAAUGUGUGAUGUUUGAUGGGUAACAGUACUGCUUACGUGUUUGUUGAUUUGAUUUUUGAUACCCUUUUAAUUCACUUACAUACCACUUGUUGAUGUUUCUUGAUCCAUAAGAAUGCUUGAAUUGAGGUCCAUGCCUGAUCGCUGUAAAAGUACUCGUCAUUCAAUAACCCUUGAAACAACC